UCUUCUUCUCUCUCUUCCUCGUCCACACUUUUUCUGGUCGGCUGUGCUGUGGACUAUUAUUCAUUCAUUCGCCAUUCCCACUUCCUUCAAACUCCCAUUUCCUUGCCAUAACCGCUCCCUAUUUUCCAUUCAUCGCAACUUCAGUUUGACUCACUGCCCCGCGAUUCAGCACUUCUGCUGCCAGGACUUCGCCGGAGCGCCGACCAAUUUCGCGAUCGGAUAUCAUUCUAUAACUGCUUUCGAAUUUCGAGAGUCGAUGUUAAAUUUAAAGCGGUGAAAAUUGAUCUGCCAACUGGUUUUAGGUUGUGUAAUUCCUUUGAAUAGUUAAUGGAGGAACUGAAUCAGAUGUGAUUAACAGUUGGGGAUAAGCUGGGCAGUAGAGUGUAGAGAGCAGUUUUGUGUGUGUGUGUUUCAAGAAUUGACUUUCUUGCAAAUAGAAAUGUUGAAUAAGUUCAUGAAAAGAGGGCAUCGAAGAUCCAUGAAAUCGGAAGCAAUCGAGCCUCCAAUACCCAUGUCGUCUACAUCUGCAGUGACUGUUAAUCACGCAUCCCGACUAUCUGCUUCGGCGCCGCAACCGAUGUCUUUCGCAAACAUUCCACAAAACAAAGGGACAGUCGAGGUCCUGCCGCUGUUAAGGGAUGUCCCGAUGUCAGACCGGCAUAAUAUGUUCAUUCGCAAAGUGCAAAUCUGUUGCGUCAUCUUUGACUUUGCCGACACAAUGAAAUCCAUACGUGAGAAAGAGAUCAAGAGACAAACCCUUGCUGAGCUUGUGGAUUUGGUUCAGUCGGGGUCGAGUAAAAUGAACGAGAUUAUGCAGGAGGAGUUGAUAAAGAUGAUAUCCGCGAACAUUUUCCGGUGCUUGCCGCCUGCAUCUCAUGAGAAUACGGGAUUGGAGGCGGGUGAUCCCGAGGAGGACGAGAUGUACAUGGAUCCUUCAUGGCCGCACCUCCAGCUCGUAUAUGAUUUGCUCCUAAAAUACGUGGUUUCAACUGACACCGACACUAAGAUUGCCAAGAGAUAUCUUGAUCAUUCAUUUGUCCUGAAGUUGCUUAAUUUAUUCGAUUCUGAGGACAUGAGGGAGCGUGAGUAUCUAAAGACAAUACUUCACCGGAUAUAUGGGAGAUUUAUGGUUCAUCGACCCUUUAUAAGGAAUGCAAUAAACAACAUCUUUUUUAGAUUCAUAUUCGAGACAGAAAGGUACAACGGCGUUGGUGAGUUAUUGGAGAUUCUUGGAAGCAUAAUAAAUGGAUUUGUAAUGCCGAUGAAAGAAGAGCACAAAUUGUUUCUUGUGCGAGCGCUCAUUCCACUGCAUAAGCCUAAAUCCAUUGCGUCAUACCAUAUGCAGUUAUCGUAUUGCAUAACCCAGUUUGUUGAGAAAGAUUGCAGAUUAGCUGAUACGGUCAUUCGAGGGAUAUUAAAGUAUUGGCCUGUAACGAAUUGUGGGAAGGAAGUUCUCUUCCUUGGGGAAUUGGAAGAGGUUUUGGAGGUCACACAAUCUGCAGAGUUCCAGCGUUGCAUGGUUCCUCUAUUUCGGCAAAUUGGAAGAAGCCUCAAUAGUUUCCAUUUUCAGGUAGCUGAACGGGCUCUUUUCUGGUGGAACAACGAGCACAUAGUAGGUUUAAUUGCUGAGAAUCGGCACAUUAUUCUACCACUUAUAUUUGAUGCAUUAGAGAAGAAUAUCCGUAGCCACUGGAACCAGGCAAUCAUCGGACUUAGCUCCAAUGUCCGAAGAAUGUUUCUAGAGAUGGACCUCGAUCUAUUCGAAGAGUGUCAGAGACAGCAUGAGGAGAGAGAAGCAAGGACCGGCGAAUUAGAGGAGCGGCGUCAGCUGACUUGGAUGAAACUUGAGGAAUUUGCCAAUGAGGUAACUGGCGAAGACCCCAUGGUUCUUGUUUAAAGAUUUAUCAAAUUUUUUAUUUUAUUUUCUUUUUGUGGAUUUGAAAAUCGUAACAUGACUUCGGGUAUGAGUGAGGCUUAAAAGAUAUAUGGAUAAUGAGCCGGAGCAACAUAUGGAGUAGCAGAAAAAAGUUGGUAAUGGAACUGUUACAUAUUGUUCGUUUCGCACUGUGUUUUCUUUCAUUUGUAUUUUUUUUCUUUUUACUCUUCUGAUGUCGCGAUAUAUGUUUAUUGUGAUGAUAAAUUGACAUUAGUAGCUUUCGUAAGGUGAGAUUAUAUUUUACAUGGUUCAGAUCA